GCAUUCGAGUUGAUUUCGUCGGGGUGAUUGCAUGAGGCCCGAGUACAGCGGCUGUCGCUACCAUUUAGUAGUAGUUGAGUGCUUGAUUUGCUUUAGUCAAGUGCAACGUACGCCGCUGCAACGUUCAGCUGGCAAUCUCUUAGCACUUAGUUGCGCUCCACUUACGCUCCACAAGCCAACGCGCCCACUACUCAGUUGGUUAAAUGAGCAAACAGCACUUGCAAUAAAUACUUGUGCCGCAGCUUUUAAUCACAGUCACUGGAGAACUACUUACGCACACGUGCGCGGCAUUUGUGAAUUUAUUAAGUUCAAGCGCAAUUUGCUUAAAUUGAAAUAUUGCUGAUUACUUUGUAUUACUGGCAGAAAAACAAAAUUGCGAAACUAUAAUACUUUCUGAAAAAAAAAAAAUAAUAUAGAAAACUAAUCCACUCAAAAAUACAAAUCAAAACUAAAAACAUUUCAAAACUAAUUUCAACAAAAUUAAACGACAAAGAAUGGAAGUCUACACAUCGGACAGCAGCGACACGGACUCGCGCGAGCAAAAAACGCUCGAUUACGGACGAAUGAACCUCACCGAAAUCACGCUGGACGACGAUUUGCACGCAAAGAAGACGCUCAAAACACACAAGGACUUCGAAACGUUGCUGCUCAAUCACAAUCGGCUGCAACAGCUGCCGCCUUCUUUGAUAAAAUUCACCAAUCUGAAAGUUUUGGAUCUGAGCUCCAAUUCUUUGACCCAGCUGCCGGAGGCUAUUUGCAAUUUGCAAUUAGUCACAUUGAUCGCCAAAAAUAAUCAGCUCACAAAUAAAUCGCUACCCAAAUCGUUUGUGAUGCGCAAUUCAGCCUUGAAGGAACUUAAUUUGAGCGGAAAUCAGCUGAUGCACUUUCCCGAACAAGUGGUGGAGUUGAGACAGCUGCGUUACUUCUAUGCGGGCGCGAAUAAGAUUACAGCAAUUUCGAAGGAUAUAUGGAAAAUGCAAAGCUUACAAGUACUCUCGCUAGGCGGCAAUCUCAUCAGUGAUGUACCGGAAGCAGUGGGUUCCCUCAGCCAAUUGCAGGCGCUCGUACUCUGUGAUAAUUUAAUCGAGAAAAUACCGACCAGCAUUGCGCACUUGGAAAAUCUGAAAUCGCUGUUGUUGCACAAGAAUCGGCUGAGACAUUUACCCAAGGAUAUAAUUGCUUUGAAAAAUUUAACAGAGCUGAGCUUGCGUGACAAUCCGCUGGUGGUGCGCUUCGUACAGGACAUCGCGAUGAAGCCGCCCACGCUGAUGGAAUUCGCCGCACGCGUUGUAAAAGGAACCGGCAUUGCCUAUGGUCCGGGCAUUGUGCCACGCACCGUCAACGAUUACCUGCAAAGCGCCAAUUGUUGCGUGAACCCCAAAUGCAAGGGUGUCUUCUUCGACAAUCGCGUUGAGCACAUCAAAUUCGUGGACUUCUGCGGCAAGUAUCGUGUGCCGCUGCUGCAAUAUCUCUGCUCCUCGAAGUGCAUCGAACCGGAGCCGGAACGUCCACAGUCGAGCGGCGCGAGUGGCUAUAUGAUGCGCAAGGUGCUGCUGGGUUGAUGGGAGCAAGACUAGGAGCGGAUCGCUUGCUGUUGAUGGGGUUUAGAUAAAAUAUACGCAAUGGUCUAAAUUGUCUCUGAGGUUAUUAAAAUGUUGUGCAAAAAAAAAGAAAAUAGUUGAAACAACUAGAAAUUUGUUGCCAUUUUGUGUGUGUUUUUAUUCUUUUUUUUUGCAAAUAUUUUUCGCCAUGAGAUUCGCAGUACUGUGAAAAAUACGUAAAUGUAUAAUGCUGAGCAUUUUUUAUACAUACAUUUAUACCACAAAAUAAGGAUAUUUGAAAAUUUUUGUAUUUAUAAGAGAUUAUAAAUAAAAUUUGCAUUGAUUGCAUAGAACUGAACAAUA